AAAAAACGAUUUCCAAACCCGGCUUUGAUGCCGAUAAAAUCAAAUGUUUUGAAGGAAAAAAACGAAUCCUUUCUCUUGUACAUGACGCCGUUUGUCAGUGGGAGGAGCUUAAUUAAAGCCGUGGAACAACAUUGUGCGCUUUGUAAAUUCACUUGUAGCCUGGAGAAGCUCCGGUCUGCAGGGUCAGAAAACCCCACUCAUCUGUCACCUGUGGUCCUGCAGACUCCAUCAUGCCAAAGGACUCAGAUCAGAAGGAGCCAAAGGAUGAGAGAGCUCCAGAUGUUCCUGAGGAGACUGUAAGAAAGAAGGUCCGGGCGAACACCCCGAGCCCUCACAGGGGGAACUCUCCUCAAGCUAGCCCUCCAAAAUUUGUCUCUGUGGAGGAAUUGAUGGAAACGGCGAAAGGAGUCACCAAUAUGGCUCUGGCUCAUGAAAUAAUGGUCAACCAGGAUUUUCAAAUCAAACCCGCAGAGCCUCCUGAGGGAAGCUUGGAGCGCCAGGUGAAGGAGAUCAUGCACAAAGCAUUCUGGGAUUGCUUGGAAACUCAGCUGAAGGAGGAUCCUCCGUCGUAUGAACACGCCAUCAAGCUCCUGGCAGAGAUCAAAGAGACGCUGCUAUCCUUCCUCCUGCCGGGCCAAGGCCGCCUGCAGGCCCGGAUUGAAGAGGUUCUGGAUCUGCCUCUGAUCCAGCAGCAGGCUGAGAACGGGGCUCUGGACAUCGGUCAUCUGUCACAGUUCAUUGUGGGGAUGAUGGGCUCCUUUUGCGCCCCCUGCAGGGACGAGGACAUCAGAAAGCUGAAGGAGAUCACGGAAAUCGUUCCCCUGUUGAAGGCCAUCUUCUCUGUGCUGGAUCUGAUGAAGGUGGACAUGGCCAACUUUGCUCUGAUGAGCAUCAGGCCUCAUCUGAUGCAGCAGUCGGUGGAGUACGAGAGGAACAAGUUCCAGCAGUUUCUGGAGAAGCAGCCGAAUGCUUUAGACUACACUGAGAAGUGGCUUGAGGAGACGGUGAAGUGCCUGAAAGAAUCCGAUGAGGAAGGCUGUGGUGCGGCGGAGUUGGCCUCCCCCAUCCGUGUUCAUAAUCGAGCUUAUCUCCGCUUGCUAAAGUGGGACCACGCUUCUGUCCCCUUCCCUGAGACGGUGCUGAUGGAUCAGGUUCGGUUCCAGGAGAUGCAGCAGGAGCUGGAGCGCCUGGUUCUGCUGUCGUCUGUGCUGCUGAUCGUUUACACUACGACAGGGGAGGCCAUCUCAGGUCUGCCGGGACUGAUGGAGACCCUCAAAAGCUCCGUCGGUGCCAUGCUGGCUGACAUGCACAUGCCGUCCUUUAAUGCACAAGAGGCCUUUGCAACCAUCGGGGAGAAACUGUGCGUUGAGCUGAGUUGCUGCUUAAGCCGACAUGGCUUCUCUCCGUUCUCCGCUGACGGCAGCAGCGCUCUGAAGGGACAAAUCUCAGCUGUCAUCCAGCCGGACAACAAAGUCCGAGCACUUAUGGACUCCCGGGUUCAGACCUACCUGCUGGCUGUCCUGGAGUCCAGUCAGCACCGGACCCCUCCUCCUCUCCCCGGAGGUCUGACUCCGAUCAGCAAGGAGCUGACGAAGCUCGCCGUUGGCUUCAGUCGCCUCGUCAACUUCAACAAGCUGGUCUACUCCCCGUUCUACCAAAAGAUCCUGCAGAAUAUCCUGACACCAGGCGAGAGUCUCAGCACCGUGACAUAAACCUCUCAGAUGAUGUGAGAGCAGUUCUGUGUUUCUAAUUGGAUAUUAAAGCCAGCACGGCACAGUGGGCACCUUAAGCUGACCCAAUAAUAAUAAAUACCGGUUCUGUUACAUCUUUUCACUGUGUUUGUUAAUUUAUGAAGCUAUCAGACCUAAUCUAUGCUUAAACCUCCUUUUGCGGUUAUUACAGAGCUAGCUUGUAAUGGUUAUCAUAACUUAAAGGCUCACUCCAACCAUAUUUUGAUUGAUUUUAAAAAAUAUUCCCAGUAGUCUUUUAAUUAUGAUUAUCUUUAGCCCAAAGAAAAUGAUUUUGUUUUCUAGAUCAAAGUUUUUUUGCAGGGUGGCAGAAAUUUGUUAGAAAUUUAAUUUGUGGGCGGGACUCUUGCCACAGAAGUAAGCCUCUAUUUAUUUCCCAUCAUCCCUUUGUUUACACUCUCCCGCUAGAUGUCAGCUCAGACGAGGAAACUGAAGACGUUAAUGGAUCUAUUUGUCUUCAAGUGGAUGCAUCAAUAUGAAGACUUGCUGCAUCACAAAAUACUUUUUCCAAGCUUCAUUUUUUCCGUUUGCUCCUAAUUCCAUACAAUUUGAAUAAAGAAAUACUCAGAAAUGCAGCGUUAUUUGUCCUCCAUCAUGAUAAAAAUACCUCAAGAAAAUGUAAAAAAAACACAAUUUUCAUUGGAGUGGGUCUUUAAAGAGCUAAUAUCUUUUAUGCAAACAUCGUAGACUAAAACCGCCAUCAGACUGAAAAUGUUCAUUCCUGAUUAGAAAAGUCUCAGAGAAUAUGUCAUGUCAUAUGACGGCUGGAUAUUAAGCUUACUUUUUAAUUUUUUUACUUUUUUUUCAUUUAUGGAGGCAUUCUCAUGCAAAAUGGGACUUUAUCUGAGCUUGCACAUGAACCUAAUCAUUCCUCUGUGGAGGUAAAUGUUCUAACAGUUGGAUCUUGAAGGCGAAUGUUUCAAAGAAAGGAUUCUUAGACAUGUACUAAAACACGUGUGUCUCAAACCCUCGUUUUGUGCAAAUGCUGUUUUCUCUAUAUUUAACAGGCAGGAGUGCGGGAGACUGAGCCGAGGAACACAAGCUGCAUUCUGAUCUCUUUCUCUAACGGAUACAAACACACUUGACAUGUUUUCUGGUUUGCAUCUGUAAAUGUGGUCAGAGGUGCCGGUCAGUGCUGCAGUCCCUAAAUCUUAUUUGAAAUUUAUUGAUAACUUGUAUUUAAAAAAAAUGGGAACGCAGAACAAAAAAAGCUUGAGAAGUAACUUUUAAUGGUAUUUUCAAAAGCUGGUAAAGCAGCUAAUAAAGGUCAGAGAAUUUCAGAGUAAAGACAAAGUAGAGCUUUGCUGAAAAAAAGACUGUUUGACAUUAUUUUACAGCUUCUAAGAUAAGCAGACCUGUGAAUCUUAAGGGAAAUAAUAUAGAAUGACAUAAACUUGCAUUUUUUUGUAUUGUUUUCACCUUUCGUUAACUUAUUGACUGUUUUCCUCGAUGGUUUGUUUGUGACUGAAACUUUGCUCCGAGGCAGACUUUUCAUUUUAGUAUUUUCGACCUCAGAUUUGGUCGUAACGUUUUUCCUCCUCACUCCUCCGGGCAGAGUCGUGUUCCCUGUUCUGGGUCUGAACACAUUGACUGAUCACAUCAGCUGAUGUCAGUCUUUGGCUGUCAAAGAAACACAGUAAUAAAGUAUUGUUUCACCCACAA